GGGCGGUUCGCGCUGGGGUGAUGCCAGAGGGGAGCGGGGUUAGAUCGAUCGGCCGCCACUUGAAAUUGCGAAAAAUGCAACAUUGUAAACUCGGCUUACCCGUAAAAGGAAUGCUUAAACCGCCUUUGGUCUCAUCAUUACUAGUGAAUAUCUCACAGGCGGGUGCCAAGAGGAUGGUGCCACGCUCUUUUCGGGGAUGCCCAGCGACAGAGAGAGGAGUAAUGGCCAUAAACCAAAACAAGUUCUGUCCCAGCGUGAGGAGGAACUUCUUUACACCGAGCUUGGCCGAGCACUGGAGCAGGCUGCCCAGGGAGGCUGAGGAGCCUGCAGAACAUCCCAAAUUCACCUGGAGAUGUUUCUGUACCUGCUCUGGGAGACCCUGCCUUGGCAGAGGGUUUGGAGUAGACGGUCUCCAGAGGUCCCUUCCAAUCCUAACACUUCCGAGAUUCUGUGAUCUUAAUCACUUCCUGUAUCUUAUAUGUUACUUUCAUAGAGCCCACAAUGGAAAAAGCUGCCUUUGUCUUUCACUUGUCUUUUUCUUAUUUUAAAAUUUUGUUUUCAGGAGCUGAACCAAUGACUCUUGGCUCACCCACAUCUCCAAAACAAGGAACUAGUGCUCAAUUUCUCCCUGGGUUUUUGAUGGGUGACUUACCUGCACCAGUGACUCCACAGCCACGUGCUUUAUACGGCCCUUCAGUCGGUGUCAUGGAAACAAGGUCUCCACUACUUGCAGGAGGGUCUCCCCCACAACCAGUAGUCCCUUCACAUAAGGAUAAAGGUGGUGCUCCACCUGUUAGAAGCAUUUAUGAUGAGUUGUCUAGUCCUGGGCUUGGAUCAACACCUCUGUCCUUAAGAAGAACAGCCAGCUUUACUUUAUCACAGAGCCCAUCAGCUGGAAUUCUGCCAUCAACUCCAGGAGCAGCUUCAAGCAUGUUCAGCCCUGCAAGCAUUGGGCAGCCUAAGAAGACUACUCUAUCUCCUGCUCAGCUGGAUCCUUUUUACACUCAAGGUGAUUCCCUUACUUCAGAGGAUCAACUCGAUGACACGUGGGUAACUGUAUUUGGAUUUCCUCAAGCAUCAGCUUCCUACAUUCUACUACAGUUUGCUCAGUAUGGAAACAUAUUAAAGCAUGUGAUGUCCAACACAGGAAACUGGAUGCAUAUUCGAUAUCAGUCCAAGCUUCAAGCCCGGAAAGCCUUAAGCAAAGAUGGAAGAAUUUUUGGUGAAUCUAUCAUGAUUGGUGUCAAGCCUUGUAUAGAUAAAACUGUGAUGGAAAACUUUGAAAGAAGCUCUACAUCCUCAAUGUCUUCGAUUUUCACUCCACCUACAAAAUCUGCUGGCACACCAACACAACCUGCAAAUAGUGCAAGGAUUUCUACCAUGAGACCUCUUGCAACAGCAUAUAAGGCUUCCACUAGUGACUACCAGGUGGUUUCUGACAGACAAACUCCUAGGAAAGAUGAAAGUAUUGUAUCUAAAGCAAUGGAAUAUGUUUUUGGCUGGUAAUAUACAAGAAGAAGUAACACGCUAAGCUGGUCAGGGUCUGAACUAUGCUACUGGCAUUUGUAGUUAGUUGUAUAACUACUGGUGGCAGUAUUUUAUCUUACAGAGCACCUGUUAUGCCUUCAGUUUAUUCAGAAGACAUGUAGCUUGCACUUUAAAUGAUGGCAGCGUACACAUGGUUUUACAAACUGAGUAAGUGUAAAUAAAAGUGCUUUACCCCUCUUUGUUCUCUGA